AUUGCAUAUACAGUACCACAUAGUACAUGAUAGUACCUAUACUUGAAGGCAUCGUAAUCGGCCGCGGCGUGACGAGAGUGCACGAGAGCGUACUCGUACGGGGAGAUAAACACGAUAAACACGGAGUGCGGCGGCUGCGGCGUGUAGGAGCGGUGGCGAGAGCGAGAGCGCGCGUACAGUAACCAUGUCGUCGUCGAACAAGAAGGCCAAGGAGGACGAUCCUGGCUCGGGCGAGGGGGACGCUCGCGAUUACGACGUCGAGAUACAGAAGACCCUCGAGGAGAUCGACGGCUGUCAGAAUCAGAUCGACGGCUUGAACGAGAAGGCCAGCGACGAGAUUCUCGAAGUCGAGAAGAAGUACAACAAGCUGCGCAAGCCCUACUUCCAGAAGCGUAACGACAUCAUCAAGAGGAUACCCAACUUCUGGGUCACCGCUUUUGUAAACAAUAAAGAAAUAGCAGAGAUAUUAGAGGAAGACGAGGAAGACGCAUUGAGAUUCUUAAACAAAUUAGAAGUCGAAGAAUUCGAAGAUAUUAAAUCUGGCUAUAGGAUUAAUUUCUACUUUGAUGAGAAUCCGUAUUUUGAAAACGAUGUUUUAACUAAGGAAUUUCAUUUAGGAUCUUCUGGAGAUCCAGCAUCUCAAAGUACAUCUAUUCGUUGGAAAGAGGGUGCGGAUUUAACAAAGAAAGCAAAAACCAAAGCACCAAUGAAAGGACGCAAAAGGCCACUCAAGCACAGGUCAUUUUUUGAUUGGUUUACGGAUCAUGGAGAUCCAAGCUCAGACGAGAUAGCUGAACUUAUUAAAGAUGAUAUGUGGCCUAAUCCAUUACAGUAUUACCUGGCUCCAGAUAUGGAAGUUGAAAAUGGUAUUGAGGGCGAUGGUGAAGAAUGUGAAAGCGAAGAGGAAGAUGAAGAGGAAGAUGGUGUGGAUGAUGGCGAUGAAGGAGGAGAAGGAGAAGAAGGAGAUGACAGUAUAGUGGUAGUAGAGGAUGAUGUUGAUGAAGAUGAUGAUGAAGAUGAGGCUGUGAAUGAUGAAGAUGAUGGCGUUAACGAAGAGGAUGAUCUUUUGGACGAUGAGGGAGAUCGUGAAGAAGGAGAAGAACCUAUAUAAAGUUGGGGAAUUUGAUUUCUGACAUCCAUGCACAAAACGUGAAAAGAAAAAAAAAA